AUGAAGAAGAAUUUGAAGAAAAAAGGAAAACUUUUGUCUAUUUCCAAAGAUUGUGAAGUAGAAGUAUCUCUUCAAGAAGAUGGGUUCAAAGGUUCUUGGUUUAGAGCUAUCCUCGAGCAAAAUCCGACGAGAGUGAAAGGAAAAAAGCUUCGGGUUUGUCACAAAACUUUGUUCAACGAAGACGGUGUAAAUCCUUGCAAGGAAACUAUUGAACGAUGUUUUAUUCGGCCGGUCCCGCCGAAAUAUCUGAAUGAGGGUGUCGUAUUCAAGGAAGGGUCGGUGGUGGAUUCUUAUUUUAAUAAUGGUUGGUGGACUGAUCAUAUCGUAGUUGAAAGGCCAGAUGGUAGUUUUUUUGUUUACUUUGAUGAUCCACCAGACAUAAUGAGAUUCAUCAGAAGCCAAUUGAGACCUCAUGCUGAUUGGAUCGGCUCCGAAUGGGUCAAAAGCAAAAACAAGGUAUUGAGUCAACAUAUGUUUAGAACAGGAAAGUUGGUGGAAAUGACCCGUGAAAUUAGUGAAAGUGAAAAGGAAAAAAUUUGGGUCCGAGCAUUAGUAAUUACAGAGAUUCAAGGGGGUGAUAGAAGAAAUUUUUUGAUCAAAAGAUGUACAAUCUCACAAAAUUCGAGUGAUGAAGCGGAAGGAAAACAUUCAAUAGUUGAUAUUUGCAAAAUUAGGCCAUCUCCUCCUCGAGAUAUUUGUGCAGAGUACAGUCUAAACGACUAUGUUGAAGUGGUUGUUACACAUGGGUGGCGCAAAGGUCGAGUGACGGAAAUUCUCCUUGAAAACAAUUACAGUGUGUAUUUCGCUGCCACAAAAGAGGAUGCGAGUUUUAAUUAUACUGAGAUUAUGUUGUCAAUGGAGUGGCUAGGUGGUGGUAGUUGGAUCAAAGCACAUGAGAGUGAAUUUGAAAAUAAUGCUGUCACACCAAUCAGACCCGCUCAAGAGAGCCCUAGUAACACACUUGUUUUAGAAUCCAAUGAAGAUGAUACGGUGAAUGAUGAUGCCACCGAAAUCAAAUCCUCUCGAGAGAGCUACAGUAACACUUCUUUUUUAGAAGCCACUGAGACUGAAACACAAAACCAUGAACCCGUAGAUGGAGUGGAGUUACCAUUACCUCAUGAAUCAGAUGAUAUGAUGGAUGAUGUAGCCACUCCAAUCAUAGACCCUCAAGAGAUACCACGAGGUGAAAUGAUGAGUAAAUCUGAUGGUAAGAUUGCUUUGCCAAAAAGAAUCUCCGAACCUGGUACAAAUGGAGGUGUAUUGGAUAGAAUUAACAAGCACUCCAACCUGAAGUUGGUUGGUACAGUUGAAAACGUUUUGGGCAGAGAAUUCAAGAAGCUUGAAGAUUCAUUCUUGGCUCCGGUAAUUAAGAUGGGAAGGAGGCAGAGGCAUAUGGUGUUUUCAAGGCAUUUGAUUCAUCACUUACUCUUAAGGAGAAUUGAUAUAGGCAAAAAGGGUUUGUGGUUUUCUUUUGGAGAACAACUAAUGAGAUUUUCUCUAAGAGAAUUCCACUUGGCAAAGGGUCUGCCUUGUGUUGUUGACAAAGAUGAAGAGGAAGUGGAGACUUCAGCAACAAAAAACAAGAAGAAAGACCCAUGGAUGAAGAAGAAUCAAACUUUAAACACUUUGCUUAAUCUACUUGUGAAAAAGAGUACAGAGCUUACUGCUGAUCAGAGAUUAAGGUUGGGAGCUACAAUCCUUGUGGAAGGGAUAUUAAUGGCAAGCAAUCCAGUGACAAGUAUACCAGAAGAGCGUCUGCUUAGAGCUAGAAAUUUCAAAGAGUUUUGCAAGUAUCCCUGGGGGAAUUUGGCAUUUGAUUAUUUACGAAAAGAAGUGGAGAGCUUGACCUAUACAAAGUUGACGGAGAAAGAUCAAUAUGCGAUUUUUGGCUUUAUAUAUCCACUUCAGCUAUGGGCGUUAUCUUCUGUGAAUCAACUAGGCACGUUCUUUGGUAUUAGGAAUGAUGAAAUUCAGUUUCCCUUGUGCUUGCAUUGGAUAGAAACCAAAUCGCUUACUAUUGAAGAGGUUAACAGAUUCGACAAAAUGGAGAAGGUAACCUUUUAUAAUGUUUUAUAAAACUGUUUUAAUCUUUGCAUUCUUAUUUUAUCGAUUGUUUGAUCAUAUGCAAACAUUUGUCAGGUUGAUGUCAAAUGUAUCCUUGGAGAUCCCGAAUUGCAUAGCGACUUGGUUGAAGAUGUUGACUGUGAAUUUGGAAGAGUUGUUGAUCUUGUCAAAAGAGGAUAUCGUUUGAAGAGACAAAAUUGGCUCAAUGGAAGUGUCGACAUUGCCGUUGCUGAAGCUGAAGUGGACGAAAAUAAUUCUGCUCCUGGGAUUGAUGCAACUGAUCAAGAAAAGAUUGAAUUCCUCACUAAGAAGGUAGUGUCUGUUGAAGAAAAAGUGAAGUACCUUGAAGGUCUUUUGAACAUUCGUGGAGAAA